AUGUCAGAAGGGAUAAGAGACGAUGACCCUAGACAGGUAGCGUCUUCGACAACAUUGGUUAAUAAAAAACAGAAAAGCAGUGAUGCAAACGACACCAAAAGAAGAUUCGCGAAUGGUGAAGAUUUUAGCUCGAAUUCACCUUCCCAAAUAGAUGACGAAACAGAUACGGAUGCUGAACUUGGAGAGGUCGCGUUUGAUCAGAAUGAUUUUAAAUUUGACUUUGAACAGCAGGAAAAGCAGACUUCUAUUCCAGACGGACAAAAAGCUGUUAGUGCUAAAAAGGAUAAUAGCGCGGACACACCUGGAGAAAACAGCGAAAGGGAGGAGGAAUUGAACAGUGAGAAGGUAGUUGAAAGUAAUACGACCAACACGGCAAGGAAACCUAUGGAUAUUUUUGAUGAGAGAGCAUCUUUAGAGUCUAAGAAGAAUAAUCUGAAGAAAGAUCUGAAGAUUCUGCAUGAAAUUGCGUCGACGGCAAAGCCCAGUCGUUAUAAGGUUGCCCCAAUCUGGGCUCACAAGUGGAAACCUACUGUGAAAGCAUUGCAAAGUCUGGAUAGAAAAGAUUUUACACAAAUUGACGUGUCAUUCACGCAGGUUAUUCCAGACGAUGAUCUAACGAAAUCGGUCCAGGAUUGGAUAUAUGCCACUGUGCUGAGUGUUCCAGAGGAUCAACGACAGUUUAUAGAGUUGGAGAUGAAAUUUGGGAUGCUGAUGGACGGUGGUUCAGAUUCACAGAGAGUUAGUCCUCCGGUUUCAUCGCAGACAGUUUACACCGAAAUGGAUGCUAGGAUGAAGCCAGAUGUUGAUGAACGCGUGUUCUUUGAGCUUAACAGAUUUGUGAAGAGUAUAUCGGAGUUAAAUGAAAACACCGGCAAGUUUAAUAUUAUCGAGUCACACACUAAAGAUGAACUCUAUAGAGUAGGUGUUUCUACACAGAGACCGCGGUUUCUGAGAAUGAGUAAGGACGUAAAGACUGGACGUGUUGGCGCUUUUAUUGAAAAGAAACGUAUUUCCCAUUUGCUGCUGUUCUCUCCCAAGGACAGCUACGAUGUAAAAAUGUCAAUUAACCUGGAAUUACCUGUCCCAGAAAAUGACCCUCCAGAAAAGUAUAAAGAUCAUAUACCUAUUAGUGCAAGAACUAAGGAGCGUAUAAGUUAUAUUCACAACGAUUCAUGCACUAGAAUUGAUAUAACGAAGGUUUCUAAUCAUAACCAAGGAGUCAAGAAAAGCGAAAAUGAACUUACUCAUGAAAUCGAGCUAGAACUGAACACACAAGCGCUUUUAUCAGCUUUUGAUAAAAUAUCCCAUGACAGUAAAGAAUACGCGACAAUUGUACGGACAUUCUUAAACAACGGGACAAUCAUCCGUCGAAAGCUCACGUCGCUUUCUUACGAGAUCUUUGAGGGCAGCAAAAAACUUUAA